AUUUCCGUCUGUUUACCGUUUUAGUAGAAAGCGACUUUGUGUAAACUUCCUCGAUUGCUUUCUUUAUUUCCGUUAAGCUUCUUCCAUUUUGUUGCAUCAAGACACGACUUCAAUAAAAAAUGGGUAUGCGCAUAGACAUUAAGCGUAAAUUAUUGUCACGUUCUGAGCGUGUCAAGUGCGUCGACUUACAUCCAACUGAACCUUGGUUGCUGACCAGUUUAUACAGUGGCAUCGUUCAAAUUUACAACUAUGAAACACAGGCUCUAGUUAAAACGAUUGAAGUGUCAGAAACACCAGUUCGUGCCGCAAAAUUCGUUGCUCGUAAGAAUUGGAUCGUCACUGGAGCUGACGAUUCGCAAAUCCGUGUCUUUAACUACAAUACACUCGAGAAAGUAACACAAUUCGAGGCUCACCCUGACUAUAUUCGCUGCAUUGCAAUUCAUCCAACACAACCACUUGUCUUGUCUGGUUCAGAUGACAUGACCAUUCGUUUGUGGGAUUGGGAAAAGGGUUGGAAAUGUGCUCAGGUUUUUGAAGGCCAUGCUCACUUUGUUAUGCAUUUGACGUUUAAUCCUAAAGAUUCCAAUACUUUUGCCUCAGCUGGUCUUGAUGGUAUGAUCAAGGUGUGGUCUCUCGGCUCUAAUGUUCCCAAUUUCACUCUAGAAGGACAUGAAAAAGGUGUCAAUUACGUUGAUUACUAUCAAGGUGGCGAUAAGCCUUACCUUAUUUCCUGCGCUGACGAUAAUCUUGUGAAAAUCUGGGAUUACCAAAACAAAAACUGCGUGCAAACUCUUGAAGGCCAUAAUCAAAAUGUCAACUUUGCCGCCUUCCACCCUAAUUUACCCAUCAUCUUGUCCGGUUCUGAAGAUGGUACCGUUCGUAUUUGGAACUCUGACACCUACCGUCUUGAAAACACAUUAAAUUAUGGUUUGGAACGCUCCUGGUGCAUGGCUGCUCAAAAGAACGGUAAUAAUGUUGCAUUGGGUUAUGAUGAGGGUGCAGUUGUCAUUAAACUUGGUAGAGAAGAACCCGCUGUCUCUAUGGAUCUUUCAGGCAAAAUCAUUUGGGCCAAACAUACUGAAAUCCAAACAGCUAAUAUCAAGACGGGCAUUGACGACAACGUAAAGGAUGGUGAACGUUUAGCCUUGCCUAUCAAAGAUUUGGGUAGCUGUGAAAUAUAUCCUCAAACUUUGCAACAUUCGCCCAACGGUCGUUUUGUUGUUGUUUGCGGUGAUGGUGAAUAUAUUAUUUAUACUGCUUUAGCUUGGAGAAAUAAGAGUUUUGGUAAUGGUCUUGAUUUCGUUUGGGCUGAUGAUUCUAAUGUUUAUGCCGUUCGUGAAUCCUCCACACGAGUUAAAGUAUUCAAAAAUUUCAAGGAAAGAGCUGGCAUGCUUCCCAAGCUAAAUUACACCGCUGAAGGUAUUUAUGGUGGUGCGUUACUUGGUGUCCGUGGUAAUGGAUUUUUGAAUUUCUACGAUUGGGAAACUGGAGAUGUUGUUCGCCGUAUUGACGUUGACUCUCGAGAUGUCUAUUGGUCUGAUGGUGGUGAUUUGAUUGCCAUUGUCUGCGAAGAUUCGUACUACAUCCUACGAUACAACGCCCAGGCUUAUGCCCAAUUCAUCGAAAAUGGCGGUAAUCCUGGUGAAGAGGGUGUUGAAGACGCUUUUGAAUUUAUCACUGAAGUUGCUGACAGCGUCAAGACUGGUACUUGGGCUGGCGAUUGCUUCAUCUACUCCAACAAUUCUAACCGUAUGAACUAUCUUGUCGGUACAGAAACUUACACCAUCAGUCAUUUUGAUAAACCCAUGUAUCUCUUGGGAUACUCACCUAGAGAUAACAGAAUCUACAUGGCAGACAGAGACGUUAACAUUUACAGUUAUGGGUUGUCACUCACCGUCAUUCAAUAUCAAACCGCUAUUCUACGUGGCGAUAUGGAUGCGGCUGCUAGCCUGCUUGAUUCUAUUCCUCAGGAUCAGCGCGGACGAGUUGCUCGUUUCCUUGAAUCUCAAGAUUUGAAAGAAUUAGCUCUUGAAGUAACAACCGAUAUUGAUCAAAAGUUUGACUUGGCUAUUCAACUCGGUAAAUUAGAUAUUGCUUCUGAUAUCGCUCAUGAAGUUGAUUCUGAGCCCAAAUGGAGAACGCUGGGUGAUGUAGCUAUGUCAUCUUGGAAAUUCAGUUUGGCCGAAGAAUGCUUAAAGAAGGCUAAAGAUCUUAGCGGUCUACUACUAUUCUAUACAGCUAACGGCAACCGCGCCGGUAUUCGACAGAUUGCUGAUACAGCUCUUGAACAAGGCAAAAACAAUAUUGCUUUCACCUGUCUAUUCGAACUAGGGGCUAUAGAAGAAAUGAUCGACUUAUUAAUCAAAACAGAUCGUAUUCCCGAAGCAGCAAUGUUAGCAAGAACAUACGCCCCCAAUGAAAUUUCAAAAAUUGUUGGAUUAUGGAAGUCUGGACUUGAAAGCAAAGGACGUAAAAAGACAGCUGAGAGUCUAGCAGAUCCAAAGGAAUAUCCCAACUUAUUCCCAGAGCUUCAAAGUCUAAGCGACGUUUCACAGAAUAAUAGCACAGCGGAUUUGAUCGAUGUAAACAAUGAUGAGGAAGAGAAACCAAAGAGCCCCAAAGAAGUAGAACAAAAAGAUACAGAAGACGUAGUAGAUGUAGCAACUGAAGAACAAGAAGAAACCAAAGAAGACGAAAAAUCAGAUUAAAAAACCAACAAAUCAUUUGCUGCUAAUAGCGUAUAUCACAAAUAGUACUUCAUUAUAUACAAAUAAAACGUGCAUUUUUCUU